AAAAUUAUAAGCAGAACCGUUCGUCUCCAUCAGAGAUGCUCCUAAAUUCAUAAAAUUUCGAGAACCUGUACCUGCAAACUUUGCUCUGAAAACUGAAAACCCUGCCAUCCACAGAGUCAAAGAUGGAAAAGAAUGUGAUCCAGCCACUGAUUGCUGCUUCAAUCUCGUUCUUAAUCGCAACCAGAGCUUACAGAAGAAAAUCCCUUGACCUUUCCGGGGCUAUUUGCGGCUUUCUUGUUAUGUCCAUUCACCUUGCCCUCGGAUACCGGUAUGGAGCUAUGUUGCUUGUGUUCUUCUUCACCUCCUCUAAGCUCACGAAGGUGGGCGAAGAGAAAAAGCGACGCGUCGAUGCUGAUUUCAAGGAAGGCGGACAACGAAAUUGGAUACAAGUUCUGUCCAAUGCUGGCAUUGCUAUGGUUUUGGUUGUCAUUAUAUGGAAAUUGACACGAGGGCAGGACAAGUGUUUGGACUCAAAAGACUCAACUCUUGUUACAUCUCUCCUCGGUGGUAUUAUUGGUCACUAUUGCUGCUGUAAUGGAGACACUUGGUCUUCUGAACUUGGGGUACUGAGUGAUGCACAACCUCGACUAAUCACAACCUUUAAGCCUGUUCGGAAGGGGACAAAUGGUGGUGUGACACUAGCAGGACUCUUGGCAGCUGCAGCUGCAGGCAGUGUCAUAGGACUAACUUUUGCUGUCUUUGGGUUUUUCACAACAAAAUGCACAUAUGAUGUAGCCGUCAAGCAGCUAUUGGUAAUACCUCUUUCUGCUCUGGCGGGACUAUGUGGAAGUCUCAUAGAUUCUCUUUUGGGAGCAACACUGCAAUUCAGUGGAUUCUGCACUGUUCGUAAUAAGGUUGUUGGAAAACCAGGACCAACUGUGAAAAGGAUUUCAGGUAUUAGCAUUCUUGACAAUAAUGCUGUGAAUCUUGUGUCGAUAUUGCUGACCACACUGCUGACUUCCAUCGCCUGUGUGUACAUCUUUUAAAACCAUCGGUACAAACCGAUGAUUUUGUCCUCAGUAUGAGUUCGCACAGUUCAGAAAGUGCAGUUCAUAGUUGAUGUAUGUGACAACUGUACCAUGUUGUAUCGUUUGCAAGCUAGAAACCUAGAGUCCGAUGUUAAUCUUGGGAUGAAUAAAGCAUUAAACAUUUAACCCCAUGAAUCCAAAAUAUGGAGGGGUUAACGGCCUCUGGAUGAA